GGAGGUGGGGGAGGUGGAGUAGUGUCGCAGACACAUGGCGGUGGUGGAGGUGGUGUAGUAGUGCAAUCACAAGGAGGAGGCGGAGGCGGUGUAGUAGUGCAAUCACAAGGAGGAGGCGGAGGAGGUGGAGGUGGUGUAGUAGUGCAAUCACAAGGCGGUGGAGGAGGAGGAGUAGUGGUGCAAUCGCAAGGCGGUGGUGGAGGCGGUGUAGUAGUGCAAUCACAUGGAGGAGGCGGAGAAGGAGUUGUCAUGCAGUCACAUGGUGGUGGUGGAGGCGGAGUGGUAGUGCAAUCACAUGGCGGUGGCGGAGGAGGAGUAGUUGUGCAGUCACAUGGUGGUGGUGGAGGUAGAGUAGUGUCACAAUCACAUGGUGGCGGUGGAGGUGGAGUCGUAGUACAAUCGCAUGGUGGAGGCGGAGGCGGCGUAAUAGUGCAAUCACAUGGUGGUGGUGGCGGUGCAGUGGUGCAAUCACAAUCCCGCUUGGGGCGUAGAUUUUGAUCUUCCUUUAGUUCUU